UCGUGCCCCGAGUCAGCUGUUCGCCCCGGCUCAGCUGAGCGCCGUGGAGCCUGCGCAAGGCGGAGACUGAGGCAGGGGAGGGAGAAGAUGGCGGAGGCAGAGGUUUGGAGUACGUCCUAAAUUGGAAGAGUUAAAAUACUGACUUCAAGUGGAUCCUCCCCAGUCACACUGGUGGAUAUCACCUAGUGCGUCAUGGCAGAAAGCGAUGCAGCACCAACCAUAUCAAAAAAGUGUGGUCCAUACAUUUCGUCUGUAACUAGUCAUGGCAUAAACUUGGUGAUACGUGGAUUAGUGCUGUUCUUUAUUGGCGUGUUUCUUGCAUUAGUGUUAAACUUGCUACAGAUUCAGAGAAAUGUCACACUCUUUCCACCAGAUGUGAUCACAAGCAUCUUCUCUUCAGCUUGGUGGGUACCACCUUGCUGUGGCACAGCCUCAGCUGUGAUUGGGUUGUUGUAUCCCUGCAUGGACAGACAUCUGGGAGAGCCACAUAAAUUUAAGAGAGAAUGGUCCAGUGUAAUGCGAUGUGUAGCAGUCUUUGUGGGUAUCAAUCAUGCUAGUGCUAAAGUGGAUUUUGCCAACAACAUACAGUUGUCUCUUACACUCGCAGCGCUUUCAAUUGGACUAUGGUGGACCUUUGAUAGAUCACGAAGUGGCUUUGGUCUUGGAAUAGGAAUUGCUUUUCUGGCCACCUUGGUAUCACAGCUUCUGGUCUACAAUGGGGUUUACCAAUAUACAUCUCCAGAUUUCCUUUAUGUUCGUUCCUGGUUACCAUGUAUAUUUUUUGCUGGUGGCAUUACUGUGGGGAACAUUGGUAGGCAGCUGGCAAUGGACACCAAGGCUACCUCCUGAAACGAGAAAUGUCCUUGAACAAUUGAACAGCAGAGAAAACCAGCUGGAGCCUGUUGCUUCUUAUUUUUUCACCUUUUUAGGAUUCUAAACAUCUGUUUGUGAAUGUGUCUGAUCACUAGAUGGGAAUUUAAAGCAAAUACACCAUUCACUAUUUUUAGCGCAGUGCAGGCCUUUAAAAAUUACCCAUACGUCUACUGCAAACCAAGCAAACAAACAACGUAUUUGGAACCAGAAAAUCCCCAAAUCCAAAAUAUCGUGAGUGGCUUUAACAUUGUUGUCCAAAGCAUAUGAAAUACAACAUUUUGGAGUUGGUAAUUGCUUUUAGUGAAAUCUCUGAAACCCACAGAUUUAUAUUUGUUCAGUUUCCUUUAAAAUGGAUCGGUAUAGCUGCUUCUAUUUUUUUUACACAGAUUUCUGAGAAGGUGAUAUUUGCCCAUACAGUUCUAUUUUUUUAUUUUAUUAUAAAAGAUUCUAACUGUUGAUUUAUUAUGUAUGGAACAAAUUGUGUCUUUGAAACAUGCUGUAGUAUAAUGACUUGAGUUAGCACCGAAGAUACAUUUGCAGGGACCAGCAGUCAAUUUUGACUCAGAGUAGAUAAUACACCAACUGUGUAUUAAGUUUAAUGUAGAUUAAUGUGAGUUGCUUCCCUUUGCAUGUAUGUACACAGGUACAAAUAAUUAAGAUUAAUUUCCACUAGAUAUAAUGGCUCUCAUUGUGCACGGUGCCAUAAAAUUCUUCUUUAAUAGCUAUUAAUUGGAUGUAUUCGCUUUGAUGGUAAAGUCCUGAUUAGUCUUGUUACCCUACAGUCCCUGUCCCCCUCCCUUAGCCCACUUUUGUGCUUAGGGAAAGAUUUACAAGAAGAGAGUCACAGCUAUGCAGUUUAUUAGCAAAAAAUCAAUACAUGUAUCCUUUCCUCCUACACAUAUAAAAGGUUCUACAAAACAUAGUGACUCUGCAUAGUGUUAAAAGGAAAGACAUGGGACAUGUUUCCAUUGCUUUAUUCCCCAUCCUCCUUCCCUCAUACAGAACUUUCACAAGGAACAAUUCACAGUUUUUGCUGGGUUUCCUUUUACAUCUUUGUUUUCUUCCUUUGGCUUCUGUAUGGGAUAGGAACCUCAGGAUUACUCAGUGGUAACAUAACACCAUACACUGAGAGCUUACUGGUGCCAAGCUAUAAGAUGCAAGACUGAAGUGAACAAUCUCUUUUAUUGGCUGGUCCCAAAUAUUUUUUUUUGGAAAAGAUUCAGUCAUUUUCCCCCCACAUCUCCAUUCUUUGACCUACUGGCAAUCCUAGGCACUAAGGGCCAGAAUCUCUUCUGGUACUAGCCAAUGUAGCUUCAUUGACAUCUGUGGCACUAUUCUGAUUUACAUCAGCUGAGGAUUUGGCCUAGGUUUUUUUUGUUUUUGUUUUUAUAAUAAUAUUUUUUUACAAACGUUAAUUACAGAUGGGUAAAGUCACAUAGAAACUAAUGUCUAAGGCCAACCCUUUCAAAUCAGGGUCACCCAGAGCAGGGGGCAAGUGGGGCAAUUUUCCCCAGACCCCACAGGGGCCCCGUGAGCCCUGGCCUAGCGGCAGUCCGGGUCUUUGGUGGCAUUUCAGCAGCGGGGGGCCCUUCAGUGCUGACAAAGACGCAGAGUGACUGAAGGCCCCCUUGCCACUGAAGACCUGGACCGCUGCCAGGUGAGUACAAGCACCACAGCUCCCUCACUUUGCCCCAGGCCCCCUGAAUCCUCUGGGCGGCCCUGUUUCAAAUUUUGGUGCCUAAAUACGGGGCAUCUAAUCAAGUGGCUUCUAUAGAUUUUCAGUGGUGCUGAGCUUCUGAAGGCAGUAACAGAUGCAGGAGGUCAGCAGCUCAGGAAAUCAGGCAAAUUAUUUUGUUGCCUAAGUAUGGAUUCAGGAACCUAACUUUAAGCCCCCAAGUUUGAAAAUAUCAGCCAUUUUUAGAUGUGUAUGUGUGUGUAAAAAUUUGCAUGCAUUUUUUUUCAUGCUUGAAUUGCACUUGCAAAAUGCUCAGGGCAAAUGUACAACAGCAGCUUGUAUGUGUGCAUUGGGCAUUGUGUGCCUGGAACAUUUGUGUGCACUUUUAAAUAAUUAGGCCUGAAUCCCAGGAUUCUUCCAUUACAGUUUGCUGCUCUCGCAACUUUCCCACCCUAACACAAAUCCUCUGUACUGUCAUAUUAUUAAAACACUGUCCUGAUGCCUUCCUUUUUGGUGAUUAAGGAAUAACUACCAUGCCAUAGGGUUACGGGUAGCAAUAAACAGACUUUGGGGUUAACAAAUUAAGAUUUGGGAUAUGUGGUGCUAUUCUAUGCACUCCUGGACAUUCAGGCUAUGUCUGCACUUAUGGCAGCAUGUAGAAUAUGGGCACUACAUGUGUAGCUACAUGCCACAUUGAAAAGCACACUGCAUCCAGGGUUGGCACAGAGGUAUGUAGCUACACCUGGCAGUGAAAGACUGUGGCAGCAAGGAGACAAUGGGGAAAGGCUCCAGCAGUGGGGCACUAUUUUGCUAAAAAUAGCAUAAAUGUGGGAGGCACAGUUUGGGUAUGUAGAGAGACAUGUAGGCUCAAUACCAUAGGAUUCAGGCAUGUGGGCACUCUACUUGUUUAAGCCAUGCCACACCGUCUACACUGCUACUUAUACCCAUGCUAGCUGGGCAUGCAGUGUUUGUGCUUGUGGAAGAAAACAGAGUCUUCACUCAGGUUGGUUGCAACAAGUCAGAGACAGUUUAUUUUCCUGACACUUGCAAGGUGGGGAGAGUACACCCGGACAGAGGUUUCCCCUCGUCCCAGGCAGGUCUCCGUUAGAUAAACAAUUAGGGCAAGCAUUUAUACCUUGUGUUACAGACAAUAAUGAUCAACAACCGCAUUUGUUUAUACAUAUUCCUUCUGAUAUCUUAUUUUUCUCAGCAGUUCCUGCUACAGUCUGUAUUCCUUUCUUAUCUAACACAAGGUCAAAAACACUAUUUCUUACAGUAUUUUUUUUGUUCCACUCACUUUCCACUUGCCCAGGCCCUACCUGAAAUCUCGCAUUAUUAGAGCUAGUGUUAGCCUAACUCUUACUUUAUUCCUAAAAGUUAAGAUAUCUGCGUUCAAAUCCCCUUUAUCCUUUUCUCUGUUUCCACAUGCUCUACAUGUCACUGUAAGCAUAGACGUGUCUUCAGUUUAGUCAAGUCUUGAUUUGGCCCUUACUUUUACAUGCCUUGCUCUGUACUGUUGUAAAAUCUGUGGAUAGUAAUUAAAGGAGUUGCAAAUGCCAGGAGAGUUUGUCCCCAAUCAGUACAGCUGAAGGAGGAGGUUUCAUAGAUUACAAACCUGGAGGGGACCACUGUGACCAUCUAGUCUGAUCUGUGUAACACAGGCCACUGGAUUUCCCCAAAUUAAUUCCUCUUUCAACUAGAGCAUGUCUUUUUUAAAAAAUCCAAUCUUGAUUAAAAAAAAUGUCCAGUAAUGGAGAAUCCACCACAGCCCUUGGUAAAUUGUUCCACUGGUUAAUUAUCCUCAUUGUUAAAAAUGUACACCUAUUUCUAGUCUACAUUUGACUAGCUUCAACUUUUUGCUUUUGGAUCUUGUUAUACCUUUGUUCACUAGUCUGAAGAAUUAUCACAUUUCUGUCCCCCAGGUAGGUAUUUAUAGACUGUGAUCAAGUCACCCCCUAACCUUCACUUUGAUAUGCUAAAUCGAUUAAGUCACUUGAGUCUUUCACUAUAAGGCAUAUUUUCAAACCCUUUAAAAUUCCCUGGGGGCAGGGACUGUCCUUUUGUUCUGUGUUUGUGCAGCACCUUGCACAGUGGGGUCCUGGUCCAUUAAUAGGGCUCCAAUUACAAAUAAUAAAUAAUAAUUAUUAUUGUGGCACUUCUCUGAACCCUGUCCAAUAUUUCAACAUCCUUCCUGAACUGUGGGCACCAGAACUAGGCACAUGUUUGGCUCCAUCUCUCUGUGGAAUGAGGCACAGAUGCUGCCCCUUCCAAAGCUUGCAGUUUUCAGGAUAUUGGCAGAAGGCUAGCUGUGGAGAGGCUUUGGGCUCCCAUGCACCGGCUCUGUACCACCGGCAGCAUACCUCUUCCAAUGCCUUCUCUUAGGCUGCGGCUUCCCCCGGUACCCUUGUCAAAAGGAGGAUGAGAUCACCACAGAGGAAACUGUGCUGCUAGUCCACAGUAAUUAACCCUAGGCUGCUGAGGGGGGAAACAUAUGUGUCCCUGGCCUCACAUCCAUACAAAGUGGGGCUACUUCCUAUGCCAGCCCUCUCAGUCCCCACCAAGCCCACACAAGAAGGGGAACCGCUAUAUGUGGAGAGGAUGCUUCGCACUUAUAUCUGGGGGAUGUGACUGGGUGCUAGGGAGCCUAAUCCUGCACACAUGUGCUCCCAUAUCGAAUGUGACUUUUGCACUCAAGUGUUUGCAAGACCAGGUCCUUUUGUCAAGGAGGGUUUUGUAGCUGUGCAAGACAAACCUACCUUUAGCCAGAUUGCAGUUGGCUGUUAGCUUGUGGGAUCACUGUGCUUAAUGAUUUUAAUGCACUAACAACCAAAGCCAAGUCCUAAAAAUGUAUCAUUUUUAAAUGAUCUACAUGCAUGAUAAAAGUACAUGAUAAAAUGCCCCAUAGUAGGGUCAACACUUCUAGUUCCAUGAAUCUCUGCUAUUUAUUUCUUUGGGCAAUAUUCCACUGUACAAUGUGGAUUUUGGAGGACAUAUAGUGAUAGAUCUAUAUUGCUAUCUUUAAUUGUAUUUCAAUAUCCAUAAAUGCUCCUUAAAGUACUCAGGUCUCUCCUUGCAGUCAGGAAAAACUCAUACUGGGCCAGAUCUUCAGCUGGUGCAAAUCAACAUAACAUCAUUUAUCCAAUUUACACCCCCCUCCAAGGAGCCAACUGAUUGAUGUCAUUGUGAGUUUUCUCAGAGUGAGAUUGAAGAAUUGGUCAUUUUAUGAGAUCAACAAUCUCUCAAACAUUAAUGUGUAAUAUUCCUUCUCCUAUCCCCAAAUUACAAGUGUGCAUAAUAAUGGCAAGUAUAACAAAAGUAAUAAAAAUAUUACCUAUUCCUUGUAGGUUACUCAUUUUAAACUAUCAGAGGGGUAGCCGUGUUAGUCUGGAUCUGUAAAAGCAGCAAAGAAUCCUGUGGCACCUUAUAGACUAACAGAUGUUUUGGAGCAUGAGCUUGAGCUCAUUUUAAACUGCCUAGUAAUUAUACAUUUAUUAUAAUUAUAUGUGUGAUAUGUAGCAAGAAAAAGUGACUAUUAAGAGAAGUAAUUAAGAACAGUAUUUCUUGCUCCUAAAAA